UAACCGCUCUAUCUUCUGAUUUUUAGGGAACUGUCGCUUCCUGUUGCUUGUUUCCGCACGGUUACGCAUGUUUUCAGUUUCUAACACAGUCGAGCCUGUAUUCAAGUGAGUGUCGUCUACAACAAACAGCUCUUGAAGGAGGGCUUUUCACCGCACGAAGUUAAAAGCUACUCCUUUUGUCUGCCGACACACCUGAACACAUCAUGUCGCAGCCGCAGCAACUACGAGAUGAAAGUGACUUUGAUCAGCUGCCUCAUAACAUCCCUGUCUCUGCAACCAUUGCUGAUAUAGAGGAGAAGAAAGGCUUCAUUGACUACUAUACGUUCGUGAUUGAGGUGAAGACUAAAGGAGCCAGUAAAUAUCUCAUCUACAGGAGGUACAGUGAGUUUUAUAACCUGCAUCAGAUCAUCGAGUCAAAAUAUUCACCGGAAGACCCGGAGAAACCCGGUCCCGGCACCUGCAUCCUGCCCUCUAUUCCAGGUAAGGUGUUCAUUGGCAACAAGAAGGAGAUUGCGGAGAGCAGGAUCCCUGAACUCAACACGUACAUGAAGGGGUUGCUGGGUCUGCCAACAUGGUUUUUGCUGGACGAGGCUCUCAGGAUGUUUUUCUACCAGACAGACCGGGACAGUGAGCACCAACCCAAAGCCCUCAGGCGUCUCCGCCCACCUACCCGAAAAGUGAAAACCGUCAAACCUAAGAUGGACCUCUUCUCCUCCCCCAGGGCUGAGGCGAUGUUUGACUUUCGCGGCAACAGCAAGGCGGAGUUGAACCUGAAGAGGGGAGAGGUGAUCUUCCUGCUGCAACGAGUCAAUGCCGACUGGCUGGAGGGCACAGUGAACAAUCAAACAGGCAUUUUUCCGCAAUCCUUUGUGAAGAUCAUCAAGCCCCUCCCAGACAGUGACUCAGAAGGUGAGGUUGGAGGCCCCACCUACAGCUGCCUGCGCUGCUUCUUGUUGACCCCCUCCGGAGUCCAAACCAGAGAUGUGUGUGUACAAGAAGACCUCACUAUCCAGCCAUCUUACAAGGAGCUCCUGUCUCGAAUGAGGAACGUCUUCAAGGAGGACAACAUCGCCCUUAACUACCGGGACACUGAGGGCGACCUAAUCCGUAUCCUUGACGACGAGGAUGUCCAGCUGAUGAUCGAGGAGGGCAGAGGUCAGCAGGGCAAAGUCAAGAGACCAGUCAAUCAGUUUCCAUGGGAACUGUAUGCAACCCUGGCCUCUGACCUCUCUGUUUACAACUCUGAAGCCUGAGAGCCUGGAGGGAAGUAAUGGAAUAUAUUAAGCAUUCAUCUAUCACAACAGAGUUAACUUGAUUAAGUCAAAAAAACUGUUGGUGAAUUUGCUGGGGGUUUUUUUUGUUUUGUUUUUUUGUUCCUUUUUUCAAAAGUUUCAAUGCUGUUUCAGAUGUUUAAGACCUUCACAUUUCAAAUAAUAAUAAACACAUUUAACCAAAUACUUUUUUCAAACUUUUGUUUGUUUUUUUCUUUUUACAUUUUUUGUGCUGUAAGUUACUGAUUACAGGCUGAUUUACACCAUGUUUGCUCAGGAGCCUCAGUGUAAGGAAAAGACAGUUAAAGUGAAGUGUAAUGCAAAACAAAAUCUGCAAAAUAAAAGGUAUCUGAGGUGA